GUAAUUUUUUUUCUUUUUGUUUUCUUGUUUUACCGAUUGCCACUCAAUUGAUAACACGCGUUAUUAUUUCCUCUUUUAUCAUGAAGUCAAUUCAUUGUGUCAUGUCUCAUCGACAUUUUGAUAAUCAAUAUACCUUUGAUUUAGAUGGUUUUAUGACAGCUCAAGAAUUUGCAUCAACAAUGACAGCUUUUAAUGAAGUAGCUCAACAUAAUCCUCCACCACCAUCACUUUCUUCGGGAACAUCUACAGCAUUGAUUGCUUCUUUUAGUACUUUAAUCAUUUUAACUGUUAUUGGAUCUAUUCAUUAUACUCAUCAUCUUUAUUUUAUCUUGGUGAUCCCUUUUACUCUUAUUUCAUUUUCAUGUAUAUUGAUGGGUUGGCGUAGACGACUGAAAAAAAAAUUUGAACAUGCUAUUAUACAUUUAUGUUCUUGCAUGAACGCGACCGAAAAUGUUCGAGGUAUCAAUUUCCGUCUUUCCAAACUAUCUCCCGGGUCAAAUUCUAGUACUCAUUACCAAAAGUCCGCUUACUAUGCAAUUACUAUAGAAUUUGAUGAAAGAUAUAAUCUUUUACAUCAUUUUUCUACUAUGAAUGGAUCAAAUUAUAAAUCAAUAUGUUCUCCUCCUGCUUAUAGUCAAUCAUCCCCAACCAUUCCACAAACAUCAUAUCAACCUAAUGAAAAACUUUAG